AUGCAAUUUGAAGUUUUAUUUCUACUAUUAAUAUUAUUUUUCAAUCAAAUUUCUCAUUUUGCUUCAAAUGAUUGCUAUCACGAAUUCAUCGUUUUCUCACUUGACAAUCAACAAAAUAAUACUUUUGAGAAGGACUUUACCUUUUUGGAUGAUUCAAAAAGUUGUGACCAAUUUCUUACAAAUUUAUUGCCUAUGGAAAAUGACAAAGACGGAAAAGGACAUAUUCCAUAUUGUCCGGGUGAUUUGCUAGAAGUUGAUUUAAUGCCAUAUUCUGUUUUUCCUGAUGGGCAAAAUAUUCUUCCAUAUGUUAAAUUGAAUAUAUCCUUUGCUGCAAGAUCCUCAAAAAUCCAAGAAAUUUAUUUUCAAUUUCGCUGUUUAUAUUCUCCUAACAAGGAAGAUUAUUUGUGUCACAAACAAGAAAUUCUAAUUCGAAAAUGGGGAAGAAUGAUUUGGCCAUGUAGGCGUUUGAAGAUUGGAGAUUAUUUUAAAGAUAAGGAUGAACUUGCAAUUUUCUUCUCAUAUACUUGUUAUAAUCUGUUCAGUCUCAGUCAAUAUUUACUCGAUAUUUUUGUUAUUAAAAAUCGUGAUGGAUCUCUUUGUAGAAAAACUUUUUUAUUAACUACACCGUUGGAACGUCAAUUAGACCCAAAAAUUGCUUACUUCUACAGUGGAAAUGGAAAAUGGCCUGAAUUUCUUCAACAAAAUCACUUGGCUAGAUGGUCUCCUCUUAUUUAUGUUGAUCUUUCUUAUUCUGAUGAAAUUUUAGUCAAUUUAAGUCCAAUGCGUUGGAUAUGGCCUUCAAGAGAUGUUAACCUUUCUAUAUUUUCUGUUUACGAUUUUGAUGAUUUUUCUCAUCAAAAUGAAACAAAAAAUGAGAAACAUUUGUUGGUAGCUAAUGAAAGAAUACAUCCACAAAAAUAUGAUAAAAAUAGUUUAUUUGUUAAUUUAUUUGAAUCAAAACAGCAUUGGAGGAAAUAUUGGAAAAAUGUUGAUUCAGGGAAAUAUAUACUUUAUGCUUUUCUUGACAAUAAUCAAUGUGAACUUGUUUGUGAUAAAAAUUCGUUUGCUGGCAAAAAUUGUAUAGAAUGUCCACAUACAGCGUUGAACUUUACUCUUUUUGAAUCAAAAUAUUCUAAUGAAUGGAAGAGGAGAAAGACGCUAAUAUUAAUUUCCAAAUAUGCUGUUAUUCUACUUUUAGCUGCUAUUUUAAUUACAUCAAUUCUUUUCCUUUCAUUGCGUUUUUGGAGGCAAAGAGCUCUUCAAAGACGGCAACCACAAAGUGUCGAAUUAACAAAACGCCCAAAAGUUCUUAUUCUCUACACAGACGAUUGUCAGCAACAUACAGAUGCUGUUAUGGCUUUGUGUAAAAUUUUGGAAGAAAAUGCUAAUGCUAUUUGUUUUGUUGAUCAGAAGGAAUUUUUACAAAAUCCAACUGUCCGCCCUGGCGUUUGGCUAGUAGAAAAAUUAGGCGAAUGCGAUUUUGUUUUAACAAUAUUUUCUGAAUGUUCAAGGCAUGUAAUGGCUGGACAAAAAUUGGCACAAAGAAGACAUUUUUCUGAUUAUUUUAAUUGUGCUGUUCGAUUUGUUAUUUCGAAAAUAAACGAUAUUGCUUCAAAUGAGGGACUUGUCAAAAAUGGUGUAAUAAUUCGUCAAAGACGUACAACAUCAAAGCAUCAAAGAACGGAUUCUUCUCUUAAAAAUGGAGGAAUUACUUCUCAUGACAGUCCAAAGGAUUCAACAUCUGAAACUUCUGAAAAUUCUACGUCUUCUCGACUCAAUCAAUUCGCGUUUGCUCGUUUUUCCUACUCCCCUUCUAAUUCAAUUCCGCCUUUCUUUAAAUCUACUCUAUUUUGUGCUGGUUUUGGAUCGCUUAUUUUGCCUCAAAAUAUUGGUCCUUUGAUUGCUUGGAUUCAUGGAAUUUUGAAUGACAAAAAAGAUUUACUAAAUGAAACGGAGAAAAAUAAUAGAUUUGAACAUCAAGCUGAUCUGAGUCCUUUAAAUGAUGCUAUAGAAGAAUUUAAGCGUUUUGAAUUGAAAAAUCCAAAUUGGAUGAAUGAAAGAUUUGACAUUGGAAAAGAUAAAAAAGGAGAAGAACAAGAUGAUUCUGUUUCCAAUGAAUUACCUCAAGUUAAUCAACAUCUACACAUUCCUAACUUUGCUGAGAGGGCAGAAAUUGCAGAACGAUAUGGUCUUUUGGGACUAGACGAAAAUGAUGAGGAAAUGGAUGAGGAAAAUAAUGAAGAGUUGAAUGAAAUUAGAAACGAUACUGGCCUUCCUCAGUCAUUACACACUCAAAGAAUUGGUCCAAAGAGAUAUGAAUUGAUUGGAAGACUUGAAGAUUAUGACAGUUCUUCAAAUAAUUCUUGA